AUGCGAAGUGUUUCCCUACACACAAAGCGCUUUAUUCUUUAUUGUUAUUUUCUCAUAUUACUUUCAGGAAUGAUGGGAGGUGGUGGUGGAGUUGUCCCACCAGUUCUGCUUGAUGAAGCUCGUGUGCCACGAUUUUAUCGCGAUGCUAUAGCCGCCUGUGGCGCCACACAACAACAUAUGCUUCCGCAUACUGCGUUAGUGUACAAUUUGAUGGUCACGUCGGGUUUACCGAGACCGGUUCUUUCGUACAUAUGGUCAGCGGUGAAUCGAACACUCCCCGGCCAAUUGACCCGUCCGGAAUUCUUCUCCUGUUUGGCACUUAUUGCCUUGGCCCAGAAAGGCGAGUCCUUAGCAGCUUUAUCGACAAUGUCUUCACUUCCCAUACCUUUUCUCCAGUCGGUACAGGUACCACUAGCUCAGCCUCUUGCAGCCCCUAUGGUUAAUGUCGCAAAGCCUGCAGCUGCGCAACCUAAGGAACAGCGACAAAGUUCGUCGUUUAUUCCCACUUCCUUGCUGAUGGGUAGACGAAACAAUGUCAAAAAGAAAGAAGUUGAUUUGAUAGGAGAAGCACUACCACCUCCUGACAAGUCACCGAGCAAAGAGGAAGGAGGGUUGCCAUCUCCGAUCCUUCCACCUCCUAUUCCAGGUUGGUCAUCUUUCGCACUUCGUUCACUUCUUGGACCUAGUGCGAAAUUGGUCUUUUUAGGCCCAUCGAAGUCAGGCCAUCACGGCCAAACUGCUGUUGCAAACUUGGGCACAAACGGUUUUAUUGCAAAGGCAAACUCAACCAUGAAUGAUUUAUGCAGUAUUGAUUGGUCUUCGUUGGCUCAGAGACAAGCUGCCACCGCUUCGCGUGACUUGGGCUCUCCCACAACCGGCUCAUCGAAGAGUGACGAAGAUGGUGAAAGUUUUGUUUUGUUGUUGUGUCUGUUUGCCAGUUUAACUGGUUUCAUAUUAGGCUAUAUUUUUGGUUUACCUUCAGUAUCAACUGCAAGUAAUUUCUCAAUGGCCUGCUCUACAGCAUCGGAAAUCAACGGAUCAAUGGCCUGCUCUACAGCAUCGGAAAUCAACGGCUCUGCUAAAGUAUCCCACGCUAUGAGCGCUGAAUUACUGGAGUGCUGGGAGAAAGUCAUAGCGGCUGCAACGGAAAUCUUCAAGACUGCUGACAGACUACUUUGCUCGGCAAAUGAUGACUCAUGCCUAAAUCAUCUGUAUUUUGUGGUGUGUCGGGUGGAACGCUCGGCAAAGUCUGAAUUACCAAAAGGUUGCCGAGAAGAAAUUGAUUACUGUACAAGGAUUUGGAAACGGUUGGCUAAUUUCCUGGAAGAUCCAGAAGAAGAGGACAGAACUGAUACCGCGGAGAAGCCUUGUGCUAUUUGUUGCCAGCCGGUGUCUCGUGCGGUUUACUUUGGAGGUCAAACAUAUCACUCCGAAUGCGCCAAUCUGUGGGUGAAUGACGUGAACUCCUUACUUCCAAAUAUGCAUUUGGUAUCAUGA